AUGUUGCCAAGGAUACAAAUGAUGCGACAAAUGUUAAAAAAUAAUGGUGUUUUGGCUUUUUGUAUAGAUGAAAGAGAAUUAUUUAGACUGGGAAUGAUGUUAGAUGAGAUUUUUGGUGAAAAGAAUAGAAUAGCCAUAAUUAACUGGCAAAAACUAGGUGGUCCAAAAACUUAUACUCAUGUCUCUCCGGCUACGGAAUAUAUUCUCGUUUACGCCAAAGAUUUGGAAAGAGCUGAAACUAACUUAAUGCCUCGGACUGAGGAUUAUUUAAAGCAAUUCAAAAAUUCGGAUAAAGACCCACGAGGACCCUGA